ACUGUACCCUCCAGAACGCGACCUCGAGGAUCCGCGCCGCGGAAUCCGUAGCCGUUGUAGCGUUGGUGUCGAGUGGCCCGCCCGCGCGCUGGGCCGCCACUGGGCGGCAGCACCGCAUCCCUUGACGUUGCCGAGGGACGGCGCAGGAUGGCAACGCAGCUCUGCAUCGUCAUCGUCGAUGGGAGGUUGGCCAGGAUUUUUGACAGCCUGAGCCCGAGUCAAGACGUGUACGUGGAGCUCGUCUGCUGCUACGCGGACGGAUCCGAGAAGGUGGUCGGAAAGACCGAGGUGUGCGAGAACGGCAACCUCGCCCCCAGGUGGAACGAGCGCUUCGUCUGCGGUCGUGGCGCGGGCCCUGGGAAGAAGACCCUGAAGUUCAAGGUGAUGAUCAGCCGCCAGCUCCGCGGCGCUGUGCUCUGUGGGGAGGGCGGCUUCGACCUGGACCUGCUGUGGAGCCAGGCGUCGGCCGGGAACAAGCAGGUGCAGGUCCCGCUCUUCAAGCAGAAGGCGCCCAAGCCGGAGCAGACGGGGACCCUCAGCAUCUCCAUCGGGGUUCAGGGCGGCGCUGGCGCUGCUCAGGCAGCUCCCGUGCAGCAGCAGGCGGUUCGGCCGGCUGCCGCACCAGGAGCGCUAGGAGCAGCACCGCCUGGUCAGCAGCAGCCCUACGCUCAGCCGCCCAGCGCGCCUGGCACCGGUAUGGAGCAGGGCGGCCAGUACCCGGUUGCCCCACCACAGGCGGGUCUGCAGCAGCAGCAGGCCGCUCAGCAGCAGCAGCAGCUGCAGCAGCUCAUGCAGCAGCAGAUGCUUCAGCAGCAGCAGAUGCAGCAGCAGCACCUCCUCCAGCAGCAGCAGAUGCAGCAACAGAUGCAGCAGCAGCAAACGCAGCAGCAGAUGCCCGCGCAGCACACGCAACAGCAGAUGCAUCCACAGCAACAAAUGCACCCGCAGAUGCAGAUGCAGCAGCAGCAGCAGAUGAUGCACCCGCAGAUGCAGGCGCAGCAAUCGCCGUCGCCACAGCAGGCGCAGCCCAUGCGACCGCAGCAGAUGCAGCCGCAGCUGCAGCCGUCUGCCGAGCAGUCGUCGAGAGAACAGCAGCAGCAGCAGCAGCAGCAGCAGCAGCAGCAGCUGGGGCCACCCACAGGAGCGCCACUCCCUGCUGGGGCCUCCGGAGAGUCCGGUGAAUGGUGGAACUCCUUCAUCGACCGUGGGUGAGCGUUGGGCCAUGGAGGUUUGCGGGCCGCUUUCGUGCACCUCUCUGGCGCAGCGCGUGAGCACUCUCCAGUAUGUCGCCACGAGGGCAUUGCAACCUCAGCGGCCAGAGGGAAGAGGUUCUGGUGAUGCCUUAGGGUUCUCUAGGGUGUCCUCGAUCUGCGCAGCUGCUCACCCUUCGCCGUCCUUCUCCGCUGCUUUCGAUCUUCCAUCGGGUAGGCACGCGAGUUAGCUGUCUGUCGUUCGCCGCCCGGUCACGGCAUAGGACCCUGCAGAGAGGCGCGUGCGCGUUGGUUCAUCUAUCAGGCGGCGCGUAGUCACCCCGGGACGUACAGUCAGAAAGUUGAA